UGAUGCACUGCGUUUUCAACAUGGCGUCUCACGUUGCAUCUUGACUUCUGUCAACAAGCCCAAAACGCAGCUAGGGGUCAACCGGGUAGUGGAACGCGCUUAAAUUAUCAUUUUCGAGUCGAUAGGAUGAAAUUGUUGCUCGCAGCAUUGAGACAAACCCACAAAGCAGCCGUUCACACCGGACAGCGGCGCCGCCGGAGCUCCCGAGGCGGCGGCGGCCUAGUAGCCCUCCGGGAGGAGGCUCUCGUCGUCGGGUCAAGCCAGGAGCUCGUACGGAGACUCGGCUCACAGGCGGAGGUGAGGACGGGCUUCAUCACCGAGGAGGAGGAAGACGCUCUGCUGCGAGAGCUGGAGCCAGGCCUGAAGAAGAAACGCUACGAAUUCGACCACUGGGACGAUGCCAUCCACGGGUACCGAGAGACGGAGCGUGUGAGGUGGGGUUCAGCGUGCGAGGAGGUCAUACGUCGGGUCAGGUCCACAGCGUUCCCUGAGGGGAGUCCGCUCCUCGGGCCUGUGCACGUUCUCGAUCUGGACAAGACCGGCUACAUCAAGCCUCACAUUGACAGUGUCAAGUUCUGUGGUAGCACCAUAGCUGGUUUGAGUCUCCUAUCGGACAGCAUCAUGCGCUUGGUGAAGGAGGAUUCCACUGAUGAAUGGAUGGACCUGCUGCUGCCCCGACGUUCCCUCUACAUUCUGAGGGACCAGGCCCGAUAUAACUUCACUCACCAGAUCCUGAAAGACGAGGAGUCUGUGUUCAAGGGACGGAAAGUUCCUCGGCUGCGUCGUAUCUCCGUCAUCUGUCGAAACCUUCCAGGCUAACAGCCACUUUCACACAACUUUGAUGUAAACACAACAUCACCUGGAUUUAAUUAAUUAAAUGUCUUUUAUUAAUGUAUCGCACAUUAACAGCUCAUUGUUUUGCUUCUUGUGCAGUUGCUUUAACAUUAAACAAUUGUAUUACAAUC